GCAAGAUCUGUUGACUUCAUUUUAUUUGUAGUAAUAAAUCUACCUAAAUAUCUUAAAUAAGGAAGGUUAAUGACUAAAUUUGGUAUAACCUCAUUGAAAUUGUAUUACUAAAAGAGGCACAAAUAGGAGAUCACACGAUCGAAUUCCAUACAAUACAAUAGUUCGUUUGAUUUUUCUUCCAACGAACCAAAUCGAUGGAUAUUCCUUCCUUCUCUGUUGAUGUGAAUUCCUUCUCCAUUGAUGUGAAUUGCAUGAGUGAUAAAGAAAUUAGGUCUACUGAAGAUCAUCGAAGGUACAGUUUAGUUGUGGAUGACAUUCCACCUCCGGCGCCACUACCUUUUUUAAAAGUGGAUAGAGCUGACUUUCCUGAUGGUUUCCUCUUUGGUGCCUCCACUUCUGCCCUUCAGACUGAAGGACGAGGAGAUGAAGGAGGAAGACGAAAAGGCACUUGGGACUCCAUGAUUGAAGCCGAGAAAGGAAGGAAAGCAGUUGACUCUUACCAUCUUUACAAGGAAGAUGUGAAGCUGUUGGAAAAAAUGGGCAUGAAUACGUACAGAUUUUCCAUUUCUUGGUCAAGGAUAUUACCAUACGGUACCGUCCACACAGAGGUUAAUGAAGAGGGCAUAGACUUCUACAACAAUUUGAUUAAUGAUUUGAUUGGAAAUGGUAUUACACCUAUUGUUACUCUACUGCAUUUCGAUCUGCCACAAAGUAUACAGGACAAAUUUGGGGGCUUCUUGAGUCCGAACAUCAGAGAACUCUUUAAGGAAUAUGCAAAGCUAUGUUUUGAGAAGUUUGGUGAUCGAGUAAAGUUCUGGGAGACGAUUAAUGAGCCUCUAGUCUAUGUUUACCUUGGAAAAUUAAUGGGAUUUCCUCCUCAGCUUCAGAUUGAUACCGAAGCUCCUUAUAUUGCUUAUCAUAAUAUUAUUUUAGCUCAUUCUGAGGCUGCAAAACUCUACAAGCACGAAUUUAAGAAUUUGCAAAGGGGGAAAAUUGGAAUUUCAUUGCCAAUUCAAUGGGCUAUGCCAUUUAAUCAACAUGAACCUAAGGAUGUAGCUGCAACAGAAGAAAGUUUGGAGAUGUCCAUUGGUUGGUUUAUGAAUCCACUUGUUCAUGGCGAUUAUCCGGAAUGGAUAAAAAAUAACAUCCCUGGACUUCCGAAGUUCACUGAUGAGGAAAAGGAGCUUGUGAAAGGCGCCUUCGAUUUCAUCGGUGUUAACUACUACUCUUCAAGAUACAUCCAACACACUUUUUCUUUCGAUGGACUAACCGGCGAAGUCACAGUUUCUUUCAAGCCUCGUACCGAGAAUGUUGAGAAAAAGACUCUUGGAAGGCCAGCCGAAGGAAGGAAUGACAUCUAUGAUUAUCCUGAUGGACUUAAGCAAUUGCUACUUCACAUGAAGAAUAAGUAUGGUAAUCCUAUACUAUAUGUCACUGAGAAUGGUACUUCGUCGCAACCUACGAUAACAAGCUCAGUAAAAGAUUUAAUUGCUCUGGGAAAAUAUAAAGAAUUGCAAGAUGCAUUUUAUGAUUACGACAGAAUCAAGUAUGCUGCGGGACAUCUUAUGGCUGUUCGUGAUGCAAUUAGGGAGGGAGCAAACGUAAAGGGCUAUGUGGUGUGGUCAUUGAUGGAUAACAUGGAAGUGGGAAGAGGUUAUGAUGUUCGCUUUGGUCUCAACUUUGUUGAUUAUUUUGAUGAUUGCAAGAGAUAUCCUAAGUUAUCUGCUAUAUGGUUUGCUUGGUUUCUUCAAUCGCAUAUAAAUUGAAACUAAUAGUUCCCUGGUUGAGAAAGUAGCCAAAAUCCUACUGCUGUGAUUUAAUUAUUUUCAGUACGAAUUUAUGAAAAUGUUCUUUUUAGUCAAAAAAAAUAAAAAUAAAUGUGCGAGUCAUAAUAAUACAAAUAUUGCUCAAUGUUUUUUUUUUCUAACCAGUGCAACCCGUGUGCACUUGUUAUUGUUAUUUUAUUUUCAUUUGAUUAAUGUAAUAAAAAAAAGAUCAAUCUGUUUAUGCCUGACAUUUGUUAAGUUAAAG